AUGGCUUCCAAUAUUUCAAAAUUGGUUCCCGUCCAAUAUGGCCCAACCUCGUCCGAUCGCAUAAAAUAUCCAAUCUACCCUCCCCCUCCUCCCUCCAUACUCCUUACACCUGAUAUCACGAUAGUUAACUUAAACUUCCAUAUAACAUGUACAAUCUCAACCCUGACUCCCACAACUCCUCACAACCGUCUGCCUCCCCAAAGUCUUAUUCCGAAGGGCGACGUUCCUCGCUUCGGCUUCGAUAUCAUCCACACUGCGAGUGAGCAUAAUAUAACCUUCGUCAUCCAGCGCAAAGAGAGCUUCCUUGAGCCACACCCGGCAAGUGAUUCUCUCGCGGAAUCGCACUGA